AGCCACCCUGCGACCGCGAGGCGGAAGGCUUCCCCAAAUAAUCCCACCUCGCCCGGCCGUCGGUUUAACAAACGAACCCGCCGGUCGCCGCCGCGCGUGCGCCCCACGACGCCACCACCGCCCCGCCGGCCGGCCCGGCAUCGCCUCCCCUCCCUCCCGCCCUUUCCCCACCACAAAGUCAAAAUCCGGACGUGAAAUCCAACCCCGAGAGCUAGCCGAGAGCCACCGCCCGUCCCAUUUCUUCCCACGCGCGCGUGCACAGGAGCCGGCCGACGUGACGACCAGACGAACCGCGAGCGCGCGUCAACGAGGCCGGGCGCGGCGAUCGACGACCGACCGGGAUCAUGCCGCGCGGCCGCGGCUCCGGCGGCGAGGAGGUGGCGGACCUGUGGGCGAUGGCCGCCGAGCUGGAGCGGCAGUUCGCGGGGUACAGGCAGCGGCUCGCAGAGCGGGGCGGCACGGCGGCGCGCGAGCGCGACGACGACGCCGCUGCGGCCGCUUACGACGGUACGGGCGGUGUCGGCGGCGGCGGCGUGUACGAGGCCGCGGAGGCUGAUGAGGCGGGAGGCCGCGGCAGCAGCAGCGACGUGAGGGGGAGGAUGUACGAGGCGUACGUGCGGCGGAGGGACGAGCGGCUGCGGGAAGGGUGGCGCGCGCGCAUGGAACGCAAGGAGGCCGAGGUCAAGGCGCUCUGGGCGCAGCUCGAGCUCACCGGCCGCGCCGGCGCGGGCGCCGAAAGGGCGCCCGGGGGCGGCGGCGACCCGACGACGGACGGCGGCGCGGCCACCGGAGACGAGAGGAAAACUGAGCGGACCGACGACGACGACAAGAGAAGAAGCUCGGACACUGCUGUUGCGCCGAGGAGGAUCACCGGCAAGAAGCACGCGCGGACCAGGAGCUUCUCGUCCUCCAUCACCGCGAACAGUAACCGCUCCGACCCCGGGAGGCGGCGGGCGCUGUCGCAAGAACCGCCGCCGUCAGAGCCAGACGCCUCUGCGGAAGGCAGGAAAGAUAACCGAGUGCGCCCGGCCGGCGGUGCGGCGACAACCACGGCGACGGCGAGACCCAAGACGUCUUUACGUCGCAAGAACUCCGUCAAAGGACACGUCUCAGCGACGACGGCGGGGCCGAAGCUGCCGCGAUCUCUGCCCCGACGGGCCAGCUCCGGCGGCCUCGAGGCUCUCAGCAGAGAGGCUGCUCUGCCGAUAGCCGAGGCGGCUGCGCCCGUGCAGAGCAGCUCGAGCGAGUAUCCUGCCCAUGGCGAGACGCCGAAGGCUUCUCCACCGAGGCCGUUUCUCGUCAAGGAUGACAGUAGCGACGUCACCUCUGCAGCGAACGCGCGAGCCGCCUCGCCGGAGUCAGAGCGCGUCGAGGUGGUCGAAGCUGUGCCUGUGCCAGACGGCGAAUCUGAAGCGGAAAACGCUGACGUCGAGAAACUCUGCGAAGAGAAGGUCGACGCCUCAUCUGACAAGCUUGGCAGUCCCAACGGAGAGAUCACCAGUGACUCUGAGACCGAGCCGAGCUACGUCUACAUCAACAAGGACAACGCCGAGGAGCAAGCCAUGACGGUUCCUGAACCUUUGAAAUUGGCUUGUUCGGAUGCCGCGCUAGAUUCAGACAUGAGGACAAACAAAGAGAACGGCGAAGAGAUGCCGGCACCAGCCGACGCCACCGCCGCAGAAAUCGCGACGACGAAUGCCGACGAAGCACCGGCGAGGGAGAGCUCCGACGAGUCUUUGCUCUCUGUCAGGUCAGGACUGAGCGCGCGGCCAUCAUGCAGCUCUCGGGAUCGGUCCAUCGAGAGGCUGCUAGAAGCAGACGCCGUCCUUCUGCGGAAGAAGCGCGAGGAGCGCGCCGAGAAGAGCACGCCGAAGUCGCCGGGCAGCGCGAGCAGCAGGGUCUCCGGCGCGGCGCGGUCGCCGAGAGGUACAGUGAGGGGAUUCAAAAAGUUCCUGAGCUUCGGCAAGAAGAACAGAGGCAGGGAGGCCACCGUCAUCGACUGCACGUCGCCGUCGGUGCCCUCGCUGGCGGACGACGACAGCACGAGCGGAGGGUGGCAGUCCGUUGGUUCGAUCAAACCCAGGAUGGGCUCCUCGGAUGCUGCCUCUGAUGAUACUAACCAUGGCUACACGGUGUCUCUACGAGUUUCAGCAACUUGCUCUUUGCAAAGCCUUGUAGCUGCUUCUCCUGCAAAAUCUGAACUAGCUGAGAUAGUUCCACAAGAGAAAUCACCCAAAGCUCCAAGAUCAUUCUUCUCAUUUCGAUCGCUCAACUGUGGUAGGGGUUGAUUCAAGAUGUUGCCAGUGUAGCCGUUGUAAAUUUUAGAAAUAAAGGUUUUAAAAUUAGGUUGCUGUGUGAAAUCUUCUGUAUCUCACAUGCUGUUUCCUUGUCCGAUGCCGGUACGAGUUUGUGGAGUGAUCUGGGUGAUCGGCCAGAUGUAUAUAUUAAUAGUAGAUUUACUGUUGUUGUAUACAUCCAUCCAUCGUGCUCGUGCAUGAAAGGCUAGAGAUGGAGAAGUUCUGAAUCUUCUCCAGUUUUUUCUGGUGAUCUUAUCAUGGUUCAUGAAUUGUCGCAA